UCUCUUUUCUGACUCAUUCUUUAGUCUGCCACUUUCUCAAACCCCAAACAAGAGAGAGACCCCAUUUAAGAAAAGGGUUGUUCUUAGAUUUUGAAGUAAAGGCAGAAAAGAUGGCGAACUGGGAGCUACAAAGUUGUUGCAAUCGUAGCCAGACCGCCUUUCUGGUCACAAUUGGUGUCUACAUGGUUGUCAUUCUUCUUCUAUGGAGGACCUUUCUGUUGAGGCCGUUUAAGCUCAUUACGGUAUUCUUGCAUGAAGCAAGUCAUGCUGUUGCCUGCAAGCUUACCUGUGGCCAUGUAGAAGGGAUCAAGGUUCAAGCCGAUGAAGGUGGUGUAACACAGACACGAGGCGGUAUAUACUGGAUUAUUUUACCUGCUGGAUAUCUUGGAUCAUCAUUUUGGGGGAUGGCUUUAAUUCUUGCAUCCACAGAUCUCCUAGCUGCAAGAAUAGCUGCCGGUUGUUUUCUUGUCGCUCUAGUUGUUGUGCUCUUUUAUGCUAAAAAUUGGACACUUCGGGGACUUUGUAUCGGGUUUAUCAUUUUCAUUGCUCUAGUUUGGCUUUUGCAAGAAAGGACAACAGUUCGGAUUCUCCGCUAUGUCAUUCUCUUCAUCGGUGUCAUGAACAGUCUGUUUUCAGUCUAUGAUAUCUAUGAUGAUCUAAUAUCUCGACGAGUCAACUCCAGCGAUGCCGAGAAGUUCGCAGAAAUUUGUCCUUGCCCCUGUAAUGGAGUUGGAUGGGGAUUUAUAUGGGGAAUGAUAUCAUUCAUAUUUCUCGGUAUAGCUGUGUAUGUCGGACUUGUCAUCUUAUCUUGACUCGAGAAACCUACAAAUCAUGGUUCAGAAUGUUGGUUGAAAAUUCAUCUUGGUACAGCAAUGGCAACGUAUGAUAAAAAUGGAGUAGGGCCUUUUGUCCUUCAACAGAACAGUGUAUUUGUUUGUGAUUUGAUUCAUCAUUCAUCAAGCAGAAGAAUACUU